AGAAAAGCGGGGAUUUGGGAAUAUUCUUUGUCCUCACUCAGCAGUUCAGCUCACACAACUGGAGAAAGACGUCGUCCUUGGCGGAAAGAAAAACUACAGGACUUGAUAUCCGAGCUAAAGGGUUUUCUGUAAGAAGGGAAAAGACAGGAAAGCUCUCGAAAUAAACAACUUUGAGGAUACGGAGGAGCUACAGUCGUAAAAGAAGGAUUGAGAGCUUCCCUGUUUCAAAAGCAAAAUGAGCUGGAGCUUCCUCACACGUCUACUGGAUGAGAUUUCCAAUCACUCAACCUUUGUGGGCAAAAUCUGGCUCACUCUCCUCAUCGUCUUUCGGAUCGUGCUGACAGCUGUCGGUGGAGAGUCAAUCUACUACGAUGAACAGAGUAAAUUUGUGUGCAACACACAGCAACCUGGUUGUGAGAAUGUGUGCUACGAUGCGUUUGCACCACUUUCACACAUUCGCUUCUGGGUGUUUCAGGUGAUUAUGAUCACUACGCCCACCAUCUUGUACCUCGGUUUUGCCAUGCACAAGAUCGCCCGUAUGGACGAUAAUGACUACAAACCCAGGAACAGGAAGAAGAUGCCCAUAGUGAGCCGUGGAGCCAACAGGGACUAUGAAGAAGCAGAGGAUAAUGGAGAAGAAGAUCCUAUGAUCCUUGAAGAGAUUGAGCCAGAAAAGGAAAAGGAAGUUGCAGAAAAGCCCAGCAAAAAGCACGACGGACGGCGUCGCAUCAAGAGAGACGGCCUGAUGAAGGUUUAUGUUUUUCACCUGCUGUCACGUGCCAUCUUUGAGGCCUCCUUCCUGUUUGGGCAGUAUGUCCUUUAUGGGCUAGAAGUGGCACGAUCAUAUAUCUGCACACGUGCUCCUUGCCCGCACACAGUGGACUGCUUCGUUUCACGUCCCACUGAGAAAACCAUCUUCCUGCUUAUCAUGUACGCUGUGAGUGCUCUGUGUCUGCUCUUUACUGUGUUGGAGAUCCUUCAUCUUGGCUUCAGUGGAAUUCGUGACUGCCUGUGCAUGCCACGACCUCGUUCUCCCGCCCCUCGACACUCUGCUCCAGCCAGCCAGAGGCCUUCCAUCUGCCGCCAGCCCUCAGCCCCACCAGGUUACCACACAGCUCUGAAGAAGGACCCAUCAGGCAAGCUGGGCUUCAGGGAUAACCUUGGAGACUCUGGUCGCGAGUCCUUUGGGGACGAGGCCUCAUCACGGGAGCUGGAGAGGCUCCGCAGACACUUAAAACUGGCCCAGCAGCAUCUGGAUUUGGCAUACCAGAAUGAGGAGAGCAGCCCAUCACGCAGCAGCAGCCCAGAGUCCAACGGCACUGCAGUGGAGCAGAACAGGCUGAACUUUGCCCAGGAGAAACAGAGCAGCGAUAAAGGUCUCCGUGCAUAACAGCCGUUCAGUACAAAAGAGGAGCAGUGAGGACAGAAGGGAAUUGAGCAGGAAGUGUGCAUGUGACAAUGUGACUUUGCUUGAGGUGGAUGAAGACAGCACAAGCCUUCCAGUGUUACGGCCGGCUGUGGUCGAGUGUAAAGUCAUGGGAACUGUUGUCUCAAUGCUCAAGCCACCAGCCUGAAGAUCCAAAGUGCUUACAGACUGCCAUCGUGCAACAAGAAUGCUUAAGGUUAACAUGAACAUCUCCCUCAGGGCAGCUACUUUUAUAUAUAUAUAUAUAUAUUUGUCAUGAGACUUGGAGGGGUUUUCCUAAUUUUAUUUUAUUUUAUUUUUUUUAGUUCAUACUUUUUCCUUUUCCUUUAUCUUUGUUGGAAGUUCAGUGUGUGGAUCUCAAGUUUGCCUUAGACUUAAACUGGAACUCUUAUGGGUUUUUUGUUAAGGUAAGGCCAAGCCAGCUGUGCAAGGUGAAUUUAAAUAAGAUUUUCUGCUUUGUGAGAACGUGAAUGGGUGAUUGUAGACACAAACACAAGCUUCAUGAACAAAGGCGACUCUUAAAAGAAAGGUACUGGGGUUGUCGCUAAAUAAAUAUGAAGACAUGGAUGUUAAACUUUACACAAGGGCUUUUCCUCUAAGCAUGUCUUUCUUUUUUACAUUAAUGUUGGCGCUGCACCAGUCAACAUUCCCAUGUCUGGUACCUGGGGCCUGUACUGCAUAGCAGGAUCUAUGGCGUCCUGAAUCAUUCCAUUAUGAAAGACUUCCUUUCAGGCUGCUGCAGUUGCGACUAUACAUAUACUAUAUUUUUAUUUUAUUUUUUUCCUGGACAAAAUUUCUCGUUAUGCUGCUCUAGAUCCAUAUUUGUGAUUUGUUGUGUGGCUCUAACGUCACUCCUUUUACAACAAUGUGCUCAUAUCCACAGUUGGGAGAAACCUGAGUUGACUGAACAUCCAUUGGUCAGCAUUAUCUGAAUGUUCAGGGUUUGUAUGUAAUAGGGUUCUGGGUAUGUUGAAUCUGUUUCGCAGUACAGGCCUCUCGAUGGUAACUGGAACACACUUGAGGUGCCUCAGUCCAAAGGAAUAAACAAACCUGGGUAAUGCUUGAAAAAAACAUGUAACUCUUGCUAUUGUGUCGUAUUGAUUUUUUUAAAUGUUCUAUACUGUUCUUUAUUUUUGUAUUAAGUAUUGUUGUAGGCUCUUGUCACUGUGGCAAACAGUUUCAAAUGAAAGGACUGAUGUUCGCUACUGCGUCUGCUCUCCGAAGACCGACUGUCUGUCGACUUGUGCUUUCUGAAAUGGGUUCGGUACAAUUUUGAGUUCAAGCUCAGAAGUUCCUCAUUCAGUAACUUCAGUCUGUGGCUUGUUUUAUUUGGUACAUGUUUGUGUUUUCACCGUAAAAUGUUUACUUUUUUCAGCACAGACCUGUUGGCUCAUCUGUUCUUUGAAAUGGGAAAUGCUGUCAAGUUCAACCUCAAAGUGCUGAAUUUUGGAGAAUACAGUUUCAAGAUUUGCAAGAGACGGUUGUCAACAGUUCAAUGUAAUUCAAUGCCUUCAAUGCUCUCAGACGCCAUCUUUUGUAUUGUGUCAUACCCACAGUGCCAUUAGUACCAGCUCAAAUGUUGUCAUCUCAAUUAUUUUUGACCAAUGCUUUUUGUACUUUUUAUACUUUUUGUAUUGAUAGUACUUUUGUGGUUAGUUUUUAAAAUAAAUUUGUACAACCAUU